AUGAAUCGAGAACAUAAUCUUACUAUUAACACAGUCGCAGCAUCCCGUGGUCAAAGAGUGACCAACAAUGCCAAUGAUUCAUCAUCCGACAAUGAGAUAGAAGAGAAGGAGAAUCGAAUAAUUGCAACAGUCGAAGGUCAAGCUAGUGUUGAGAAAGGUGAACCGCUAACCCUAUUAGAUGAUUCAAAUAGUUAUUGGUGGUUGGUUAAAGUUUUAAGAAAUGAGGAAGUUGGUUACAUACCAGCCGAAACUGUUGAGACUCCUUUCGAAAAGUUGGCCAGAUUAAAUAAACAUCGGAAUAUUAAUAUUUCAUCCUCACAAAAUCUUAAAUAUGAAGAAGAGGGGGAUGAUGAAAUAGAAUUUGAUGAAUAUUAUGAGGAGUCAAAAGAUUCAAACGAUUCCAAAGAGCAAAAAGAUCAAGUUGAAGUUGAAUCACUCGAUGAACAAGAGGAACAAGAGGAACAAAUAACAGAAAAACGGGAAAGCAUGGAUAGUGUGCUUACUUCGUCGUCAACCAACACAAUAACUCAAGAUAAUGCAGUCACAAUGCAAACAUCAGGAGCUACUCCCGGAGAUGAGCAACAGCAACAAAAAAUCACAGCUGGCAACUCUCAACCGAUGGAAGGUGACAACAAUUCAUUUAUCGAGCAAACAAACUAUUACUCUCGUUCAAGUCCAAAUGAAAAUCAAGAAAGUAAUGACAUUCAGCCAACAGCGCAACCUAUGAACCCACCCACUCAUUCAUCCGAAAACAUAUUCGAUCAAUCUUCCGAGACGAUCAAAAUGUCAUUAACUCCAGCGUUGGGUAGUGAUUUUAUGGACUUUUCGGACGACGAAGAUUAUGAGCCAAAACAAAAAACUGGUAGCAAAUUCUUUGGAAAAAAUGAUAAUGAUUCCUCAAAAAAGAAGCCGAAAAAUAAUAAGAAAGAUGAUGAUUCACCAAGGCAAUCUACCGGAAAAAGUGUGUCUCAGGAUCCUCUUGUAAUGAAUAAUGUUCAAUCAUAUCAAACAAAACCACUUACAUACCAGCAGCAAAUAACAAAUCAGCCGCAAUCAAACAUUCAAUCACCAGCUUAUGGACGGCAACAACAACAGCCAUCGCCACCUCUGCAGUCAACAAAUGCACUCACUCAAUCGCCAACACAAAUACCAUCACCGCAACAAUCAGUAAAACAGUCACCGACAACCCGUCAACAAUCAGGUCAAUCUCCGACACAAAUACCAUCAACGAAAUCUUCACCCACACAAUCGGAUCAAUCACCAACUUCCACUUCACGACAACAAUUUAGAACAAGCCAAAGCAAACGAUUGAGUAAUCCUUCCGGUUCAGCUUAUAGUGUUGUUCGAAUCUUUGCCGGUCAAAAUAUUUCGACCAAACAUGAAUAUAAAAUCGUUCUUCUUAGUCAAGUCACGAAUACAAUCUCUCUUAUAAAACAAGCAUUAAAGCGUUUUAAAUUGGACAAUGAGGAAAACUGGGAUGAAUACUAUGUAACCAUUAAAGAAUCAGACAGAGAACCUCACAUCCUUCUGUCCCAUGAAUAUCCACUGGAAAUAUUUGAGACUUUGACCUCAUCAUAUCUCACGCCACUUCCUACCGUUAAACGGGCCUCCAUCUCAUCAGUCUCCUCAAACUUUUCAGAUUUAUCAAGUCACGAGGCGAUAAGUAAAUUGCUAUUUCGAGAUGACAAAAAUUUAGUCUGCUUAUACAUUAAUAAAAAAUCAAAGACGGAUAUUAAAACUAACUCGAUGGAAAUGAGGUUCCGAGUACGAGUCCUUGCAUACUCUGAUGACUUGCCAGCUCACCUAAGACACAAAGGGACGAUACCUAGAGUUUCCAUGUCCGUUCCUAAGCAUCUGGUUGAGAAGGCUGCCAGACGACGGUCAAGAGAGGAAGGAAAACCUCGAGAGAAAGCUGUAAGCGUGACGGGAAAGAACAGUAUUGGUCAAAUUGUUGAAAAAUCAAUGUCCAAGUUUGGAAUCACUGAUGGUGUCGUGGAUGAUGGGAAGCCUAUAUUAGAAUCUGAUGAUGGUAAACCCCGAUAUUAUCUGACUAUGAUUGUCAAUGGAGAUGAAGUGUAUCUUCAACCAGAAACCAAUGUAAUGUCUGUUUACAAAGCGCCGCCCGAUCUUCGGCAUUUCUCCAUUGAUUCGGUAGAUUCAAAUGCAUCGGCGUUCGAUUACCAUCCAGAUGAACCCAUAUUUGUUCUUAGGCUUCUACGUCCAGAAGAUCGUCAAAAACGCGCAAUGCCCCAAUCUGCCACUGAAGACAUAAAACGAUACACUCAAAACGUUAAUAUCGCUCAAACUCUUAUUGAUGAUAAAUCCAUACCAUUCUCUCCACAGUUGGUCGUUGAAAGUGCAGUUGAAGGGACAGUAACAGUAACAGAAAAUGUCGGUGAAAAUGACCAAUUAUCACGGAAACAACUCAUUGAACAGCAGCGUGAAUAUAGUCGUGCCAAACAGAAGUCAAUUCUUUCGGCACGUAAAAAUGAGGAACAAGGCGUGGAUAUUAUCACAAGUAUCGGAGCUAUCCGAAGCUCUCGUAUAUUUGGCGCCAAAGUUCGAUACUCGUUCAUUUCCGUUGAUGGUGAGGAAGUUGAUAUCAGCGAUCUCAUUGAGGAUGUAUGGGGUGAUGAUGAUUUAAUGAAUAUUCAAGACGCUUCAUCGAAUUCCAACAGUAAACUACGAAAUGAAUUGACUUAUCCUGAAAAAGGUGAUGUCACUUCCGUGGAAAAUAAGAGAAAAAGUAGAACGGCUGAAGUUGACAUCCUGGAGAACAUUGUGAACGACGGUGAUGAUGAGAAUGAAACGGAAACAAUUGAACAAAGGAUCAAUCGAGUGAUACAAAAAGUUAAAGCAGGUCAGUAUGGUAUGAGCGAGCUUCCGAGCAUUACUUCGGCAAUGAGAACCAAAAAUACAGAAAGCCAAACUCAUAUGCAAGGCGAAAACGAAAGACAACCAUCACCAGUUCAAUCAAACAAUAAGAAAAGCUCGGUUGGUUCAAAUGACUCUUCAUUUGAACCGGAUGCAAAACUUGUGCAAAAUGAGAUACCAGCAAGAGAUAGUACAUUAAAACAAAAGUCAUCUGAUGAAUUGUUAAAUGAUCCGAAAGAACGCCCCGAAUCUGACCUCAAUAACGCGGAUUUAGAACGUCCGGCCUCAUCGAUUUCCAAUCAAUCUGCAAGCACCAUAAAUUCAUUGGAAUCUAUAACUCCGCUUGGAGAAUUAUUUCCCACCACAAAUUUGCAACGUGCGCCGUCUGCCACACCAACUUCAACUACUGAAAACGAUUGGGUAAUGUCGGAUGAAUUUGGAUUGCAGGAAUUAUUGGUACUUGUGCGCUCUGGGGUUAACAUGUUGGAGAUCAAGGAACGAAGACGAAGUGGAUGGAGCAUGAAUGAUGAUCCGGAUAAAAUUUUGGAGCAAAUCAAACCUUCGGAUAUUCUGGACGAUAUUAAAGCCGUAUUUGCAGGUGUCAAUGACGAACUCGACAAGCUUGAGUCGGAAUUGGAUCAAAUUAUGAGCGAUGCUGUGCGUGUAUUUUAA